AUGGUCACAGCGUCCAAGUCCCCCCCUGUGGGCAAAUACUCUCCCAGAUAUCAACCCCUAAACCAGGGCGGAGAGCUGGGCGAGCCCGAAGCACAGGACGGCAGCGGCAUGGCGGCCAGCUUCGCCGCGAGCCGGAAUGGACCCGAACAUCGCUUCUUCAGGGUUGCAACCUAUGGCUUGGCCUUCUGCCUGCUUCUCCUUGUCGGCUGCAACCUCUUCUUCUCUCGCCAAAAGGUCUACUCCGGCCACAGCUCAUGCCCUUGCUCCCCGCACAAGGUGCCCCAGUAUUUUCAGACCUCUCCGGAGCUUUGGCCCGGUCCAACCGCGACCGGCCGCGCCGCCUUCCUGGCCCAGACACGGACAUUUGAUCCCACCUUGACCUACGUGCCCAAUGAGCCGCUUCAGACGUCGUAUCCCGUCCAGGGCAUGGGGCAAGCCAACCAGAGUAUCUUCAAAAUGAUGGGCUAUCUGUCCCCCUAUGCGCCCUCGCCUGGCUUUGGUGUUGACGAGUAUCCCUUGCCCGCCGGCGCUGAGAUCAUUCAGGUCCAGAUGCUGUCACGGCACGGCUCUCGCUAUCCCACCACCGGCUCCAAGGUCGAGGCUCUCGGCCAACGCCUCGCCAAUCUCUCCGACGGCUUUGCCCCGAAAGGACCCUUGGCUUUUCUCAAAGACUGGAAAUACCAGCUCGGCUCCGAAAUCUUGGUUCCAAAAGGCCGGGAGGAGCUGUUUGAGUCAGGCAUCUUGCACAACUACAUGUACGGCGGCUUGUAUAAUCCGAGAAGCAAGAUCAUUGUCCGAACAACGACGCAGGAUCGAAUGCUCAAGUCUGCCGAGAACUGGUUAGCUGGAUUCUUUGGGCUGGAUUGGGCAAACAACGCCACCAUCGAGGUGAUUAUAGAGGACCACGGCUUUAACAAUUCUCUGGCCGGCUCGCUCAACUGCCCCAACUCAUGGAAAAAGUCGUCCGGCGAAGAGGCUCGAAAUACUUGGGUGCAAUCAUACCUUGUCAACGCCACAACUCGAUUCCAAGCCAUGACCGAGGGUUUUACAUGGACGGCCGACGACGUUUACGCCGCGCAGACCAUGUGUCCCUACGAGACCGUUGCCUACGGAUCCAGCAGAUUCUGCGACUUGUUUACAUAUGACGAGUGGCAGGGCUUUGGCUACUCGAUCGACCUGUUCUUUUCGGCAAUAAGCGCAUUCAACAGCCCCGCGGGACGCGCGAUCGGCAUCGGUUACCAGCAAGAAGUCAUUGCGCGCCUGACGAACCAUACGCUUGGCUACUCAGGCUCUCAGAUCAACGUGACGCUAGACAGCAGCCCGGAGACGUUUCCACUGAACCAGAGCCUCUACUUUGACUUUUCCCACGACACCAACAUCGUUUCGGUCUUGACGGCAUUUGGCCUCCGCCAGUUCGCAGAGGAACUCCCGGCCACACGCUAUCCUGGGAAGCACAACCUGACCAUUGCCCACGUGACGCCCUUUGGCGCCCGCCUCGACAUCGAGGUCAUCAAGACACCGAAACCGGUCUCUCCGAAUCGAGACGGUUACCUACGUGGCGAGGAGACGAGAUAUAUCCACUUCGUCUUGAACCAACGAACAUUGCCUCUGGGCAAGAGCUUCCCCGAAUGCGAUGCCAGUCGUCAGGAUGGCUGGUGCGACUUGGACACGUUUUUGAAGGCGCAAGAAGAUAUGGCGUCCAAGGCCAAGUUUGACCACGCUUGUUUCGGAGACUAUCCUCGCGUAUCAUACGGAGAGGUCACAGACGGCGCUCCGCCAUGA